AUGUGCGCGUCCAAUUCGUCAGAGGUUCCAUCCCCGCCCCGGCCACGCGACGCCAACACAUUUCCCCCCAAUCUCUCCCAAGUUGUUCUAGUGUGCUUGGUGGCAGUUCUGAUCGAUUACCCUGUAGCCUACGUGCCAGCGUCCCCGCAGCAAUCGCACUUUCUCGGCGGAGAACCUCUCGACGUGUACCAGGUCACAAUCACGUUGUCGGAGCCUGCUUCCGCGGCUCCUUCUCCCCAUUUUCAUAUUUUUCUCAAAUUUUCUUGCCCGGCGGUUUUAAGCGCGCAAUAUGAACAGCUCAAGCCAGCAAGCAUGGUUUCCAACUUGAAGGACCGGUUUAAACACCGCCUGGAAAAUGUAGGAGCUGAAAUGCAAAUACAGCAGAGCAUGGAAACGCUUGAUCGUGUAGCUUUAUGA